AUGCGAAAGCUUUCAGAAAGCAUAAUUGAGAAAUUAAAUCAUGGCGACUGGGUCUCAAUUGUAGUUUUAUACGAGAAUUUUAACAAACAGCUAGAGAAAACACGACGUAUUGGAGCUUCGGCUAGAGUUCCCAAAUUCUACUACAGGACUUUAGGGACUCUCGAGGAGAAUAUUAUAGUGGCACAUGAAAAUAACGUUGCGAAGAGCAUGUCAUCUUCCAACGCAAAGGCAUUUACUUCACUGCGUCAACGUCUUAAAAAAUAUUUGAAACACAUAGACUCCGAGAUGUGCCAAUUUCGUACUUCUCCAGAUAGUUCAGAGGAAGAGUUACACUCAGAGGCCUUAGGCCGGACUGAAAAAAAUUUAGAGCGCGAAGCUUCUGAAAAAAAGGUUGACUUUUUCAAGGCCGAUGCGAAAGAUAUAAGCUUUGAGAUGGUAGAUGAAAAGAUGAAAGAAAUUGUAUUGUUGCGAGGAAAGAAGGGUACAAAUCGUAGCGAGGCUGUUGAGAUGUUAACUAAACUGAUAUCAUAUGCAAAAUGUAUACCACAGGAGGUUGAAAUACUUAUGAAUACAGUAAGUGCUCAGUUUGAUAUAGCUGGAAGUAUGGCGGUGCACAUGGCAGUACCAGUAUGGAAAGAUUGUGUAAAAAAUGUCCUUAGGAUUGUUGCAUUACUCCGAGACAGUCCACAAAUUAGUCUUGCAGAUCACACCGAUGUUGAUUGUAGGCCAUCAGGAGAUGAAAUUAUCAAAGGUGCACCCAUUAUUUUUCAAGGAUCAAUUUGUGGUUAUACUGAGCGUCUCGAUGAUGAAUUUUUUAAAUCGCUUCAAUGCAUAGACCCGCACUCAAAAGAGUACGUAUCUCGACUGAAAGAUGAAAGUCUGCUGUUAGCUUUGAUUGAUAAUGUCAUGAAGUUCUCUCAAGGCAGUGAUGACAUUUCUUCUGUGGUCAAAAUGAACCUCAGAUACUUGGAGCAUGUUUACUACAAGCCCGAUGAAGUCUAUGAGACUAUAUGUAGUUUGAUUCCCUCCGAAAGUCAACUUCCACUUUCACAAGAAGAAUCAGUAGUUUCGAACUAUUGCAAGAGUAAUGAGCCUCAUAAGAGUAAGCGCACGAUGAAGAUUUAUGCACUUACUAGUUUCUUGUUGAAGCAUGGAGAUGAACGAGCCAGGGCUCGCGCUAUAUUGUGUGAAAUCUUCAAUGAAGCUUCUGUUGGGAACUUUUCAAAUGCUCAUGAUAAAUUACUUAUGUCUCAGCUUCAAGGUAGUAUAUCUCAUGCAGAUAUAAGCACUCAAAUAUUGUUCAAUCGAACUAUGGCACAGUUGGGUAUUUCCGCGUUUUGUAAGGGCCAUUUCUCUGCUUCUCAUGCUUGCUUGAAUGAACUCUUUUCGGGGGGGAAGGUCAGAGAACUUCUAGCGCAAGGGCUCAACUUGAACCGCUUUCAUGAUAGAACCAUUGAGCAAGAAAAGAUCGAAAAAAGAAGACAGUUACCUUUUCACAUGCAUUUAAAUCUCGAGCUAUUGGAGAGUAUUUUUCUGGUAUGUUGCAUAUUCAUUGAAGUUCCAAAACUGACUGGAAGCAAAAUUUAUCUUGGUCGGAUACAUAGCAAGUCUUUCACACGGCUAAUUGAUAUUUAUGAGCAGCAAACUUUCAACGGACCGGCCGAAAACGUGCGUGAAACGCUGAUGUCGGCAACAUCAUCACUUGUAAUUGGAGAUUGGCGGCAAGCAAUGAAGUUAAUUUUGAGUUUGGAAAGCUGGAAAUUCCUAUCAUUGAACAAAGAUGAUGCUUUGAAUUAUGUAAUCCAACGUCUCAAAGAGGAAGGGCUUCGUAUUUUUUUACUGCAGUACGCAGCACAAUAUGCAUCUGCAAGUUUCCAAGUCUUGAGUGAGAUGUUUGAACUGUCUUUUUCAUCGGUCUAUUCAGUUAUUUGCUCUAUGAUCUCGUGCGACAAUUUAUUGGGGAGUUGUGACCUUUCUUCCAGAUGCAUUUUGGUAACACAUGAGGACCUCAAUAGUCUGCAAGAAAUAUGCACUUCAUUUGUGGAUAAGUUAUCGUACAUGAACGAAUCCAAUGACUUAGCUCUCAACUCCCACCUCGGCGCAAAUAUCGUUGAGUAUCAACAAGAAGAGGAAUAUGCAGUGAGCAGAUCUAGAAGGUACAGUCGCAAUUUUCCAUUAGAUCCAGACGAAAGCAAUGCUAAAGUUGGUCGUGGCAAACAGCGUGGAAUGUCAAAAUUUUCUCGCAGUAGUGUCGAUAUUUCCAGCGAGGGAAAUUAUAGAGGAAAAGCAAGGAAUUUGAAGGCAACUGAGUUUGCUCAGCGAAGUGGAAAAUUUGCUCAACGCAAACGAGAAGAUUAUCAUGAUCGUUCUGAUAGGUUGGUUCCCUUAUUUUCGAGUACCUCAACGAAUCUUUUAUGGCAGCAUAAAUGA